AGACGCAAGCCUUCUAGAAUUCAAAAUCCCCCUUCCGUCAUUCAAUCUUCUCACUUUUUGCUCGCGAGUCUCAUCAAGCAGGCAACAGCUGGUGCUUCAACUAUAGUGGCCUUCCCAAAUUUU